UGAAAAACAGUAAUUAAAAAGAAAAAAUAUGCCCCAUUAUAGAAGGUCUACAGAACAUUGUAUAAAAACAAUGGACUCUAAUGUCCCUGAGGACAGAUUGGUAAAGGGCCUUUAUUAUUAACUCCUUCCAUUUCUAAAUGCCAGUGCAUUUUAUUGGUAUGCAUUGCUUUACAAUGCAAGUCCACUUAAACUACCAUAUACCUUGUCAAAAUUCCUGCAAAUCAUGGUUGAACCUUAAUAGUGUAAAAACUUCUUUAGCUUAAGCCAAAUGUGAAAAUUUCAGAAUGAAUGCAACAUGUUAUAGCAGACUGGCAGCCAAGCUUCAAUUUGGUUUUUGUUGCAUGAACUUUACCAUUUGAUUAUGGGGCUACUCCAAUUUAGUUUAUGUUCCAGAACAGAAAAUCUGGAUGGUUGAACCUUAAUAGUGUAUAAACUUCUUUAGCUUAAGCCAAAUGUGAAAAAUUCAGAAUGAAUACAACAUGUUAUAGCAGACUGGCAGCCAAGCUUCAAUUUGGUUUUUGUUGCAUGAACUUUACCAUUUGAUUAUGGGGCUACUCCAAUUUAGUUUAUGUUCCAGAACAGAAAAUCUGGAUGGUUGAACCUUAAUAGUGUAUAAACUUCUUUAGCUUAAGCCAAAUGUGAAAAAUUCAGAAUGAAUACAACAUGUUAUAGCAGACUGGCAGCCAAGCUUCAAUUUGGUUUUUGUUGCAUGAACUUUACCAUUUGAUUAUGGGGCUACUCCAAUUUAGUUUAUGUUCCAGAACAGAAAAUCUGGAUGGUUGAACCUUAAUAGUGUAUAAACUUCUUUAGCUUAAGCCAAAUGUGAAAAAUUCAGAAUGAAUACAACAUGUUAUAGCAGACUGGCAGCCAAGCUUCAAUUUGGUUUUUGUUGCAUGAACUUUACCAUUUGAUUCUGGGGCUACUCCAAUUUAGUUUAUGUUGCAGAACAGAAAAUCUGGAUUCAUAGAUAAAUCUAGAUAAAAAUGUGAGCAUUUCAUACAGGCAUAACUCAUUCUGUUGAAUUAAUGUGCAGCUAGAGAUCUACUAUGGAGGAAUGAGCUUCUUCAGAAAUUGAGGAAAGAAGAAGAAAGAAAUUGUAGCGAGUAGAGUGGGACGUUACAUGAACCAUUGAGCUCAAGAGCCAUCAACUUGUGCUGCUAGCUCAAUGGUGCCAAAAAAUGUUACCCGAAAGAGAACUUACGCAGAUUUUUCUCAUCGCCCAGUGGUUCCUAGAUUCAAAUUAUUCGAUGACAUUGAUAUUUUGGACUUGGAGACAUCAUGGAGUGUCGUUGUUAUGAUAGAUGUCAAGUUCCCUAUCCAGCCUCGUUAUCGUGAUAGCCAACACUUUAUCCUCAUGGAUACCUGUGGGUCCAAAAUGGAAGCAAUUGCAUCGAACAACAACGUUGAAAGAUUCAAUGCUUUACUUGCUGAAGGAUGUGUUUAUACCUUACAUGAAGUAAGAUUCGAUCCUAACUGGGAGGAGGCGUUGCAAUUUCGAAAUAUUGGACAUCAGUAUGAGUGUGUCUUGAACAAUCGCACUAGGGUUGAGCCGUAUACCAUGCCUAUUCAGUUUCCGCUCUACCCAAAGCACCUUAUGUCAUUCCCUGAAGUGUAUCGCCGUCCUAAUAAGACUUUUGUAGAUAUAGCUGGAGUAGUUGUGCAUUGGGCAGCAAUUGAGCACAUUGGUUGUAGCCUCUAUAGAGAGGUCACACUCAUGGACACAAGGUGCAACUUGAUUGUUGUUGGGGUUUGGUCCCACCAUUUGACCCAACAUGCACGUAGCUGGUCAUUGGCUAAUGCUAACAAUGACAUAGUCUUGUUAACUAUGCUUCAAAAUAACAGGAGACACGGGUGUUUGGAGACUUCAGAGCAUACAACUUUUAAAUUCAACCCAAGUCAUUGCACUACACGUGCACUGCAGAGUGAGUAUUUCUAACACCAUCAAGAAAAGUCAAUACUUGACAAAUAUUCUCACUAAGAAAUUAAGAAAUAAUACAGUUUUAUCAAAUAUUAAUUGAAAAUAUCCUAUUCGGACAUGCAGGCGUGCGCGGAUCGGUGAUCACAGGAUCACAGGAUCUCCUUUUUGUUAACAGAUUUCUUGAGAAUAGAUGGGCGUACCUAGCAACCGUGGUUUGAGUGUGAUGGCUGCAAGUACUAAUAUAGUUCUUAGAAGACUACUAUAGUAGUUCUUAGAAGACUACUAUAGCUAGACAUUAUUCACACAUGUUAAUGUGUCUAUCGGUUAUCAAGUUUUUAGUUUUAUUGUGAUUUUUGUGUUGUUUAAGUAAUUAUACCAAUGGAUACUGGCAGCUACCUUUCUCAUUAUGGUGUUUUUAUGUCUGUAAUAUAUCCUACUACUUUUCUCAUUAUGGUGUUUUUAUGUCUAUAAUAUAUCCUAUAGUUUGUAA